AUGCAACCAUUGUAUUGCCAAUCUCCCAAAUAACCCAUCAAGAAAGACUCUUGUUUGCACCAAUUCUAAAAAUUACUCUCCGAAUCCCUCAAUCGCAAAUAAGCUAUAUAAAAUAAAGAAAAUACCAGAAGUAGUUUUCAAAUGAGAAGCUACAGCAAAUUGUAGUCGCCUCCCCAUCGUUCUAUCCCAAUUAACAAUUAACUCAACCAAGACCUCAAAAAAACACUCAACAGAGUCAAAUCUAUGCUCGAUAAGGCCUACCAAGAAAACUUAGCAUUGAAAACCGAAAAUAAGGAAUUACUACAAUUGCUGCAAGAGAAAAACCUAUUGAUUGAAAAAUUACAAUAGAAAAAAUCAAUAAGCCAACAUUCUUGA